GCGGGGGCGGUGCUCCCCGCCACAGACAGCAAGACCCUGCUGCUGCUGCUGCUGCUGCUGCUGCUGCUGCUGCUGCGGAGGCCACGGACGCGGAGGACCCGGCGGACGAGAAGCUGCUGGCCCGCGCAGCCGCAGCAGCCACGGACUCGCAGCAGCAGCAGCAGCAGCUGCAGCAGCAAACGCUGAGCGCCCAGGCCUCCCCUGCCUGGCUGGCAGCAGAACCUGCAGCUGCUGCUGCUGCUGCCAGGCUGCCGCAGCAGCAGCAGCAGCUGCUGCGGCCCUCGCCCACUGACACGCCGCUGCUCUCGGAAGCCUCGCCAGAUGUCGCCGUCCUGACUACAGCUGGCAGCAGCAGCAGCAGCAGCAGCAGCAGCAGCAGCAGCAGGUUCGAUUUGCUGGCUGCGGGAAUGGCCACGGACGGCGCCCCCUCCUUCGCCAAAGGGACCCCACAAACAGCAGCAGCAGCAGCUGCUGCUGCUGCUGCUGCUGCUGCUUUCCAGCCGCUGCCACCACCAGCUAUUGGGUCCCCCCCGCUGCCCUCAGAAAGCUUAUUUGCUGCUGCUGCUGCUGCUGCUGCUGCUGACGCAAAGAGUAUUUCCCCUGCCUACGCAGAGGCCCUCGCGGGGGUUCCUGCUGCGCCGCCGCAGCGCGCAGCAGCAGCAGCAACAGCAGCAGCUGCUGCUGCUGCUGCUUCGGCGGGAGCAGCAGCAGCAACGGAGGCCCGCCAGGGGGCCCUUUGUGGGGCCCACAGCCGAGAGGCCCCUGGGCUGCAAGGGGGGCCCCCAGCUAAGAGAUGCAGGACAGAAGAAAGUUUGCUGCUGGCGGAGCUGCAGCUGCAGCAGCAGCUGCAGCAGCAGCUGCAGCAGCAGCUGGCCGCAGCAGAAAGAAAGCGGCGGCAGCGGGAGGCGGCGGAAGGCAAGGCUCCCGCGAGCAGCAGCGGGGUGGAGUGGGCCGCUGCCAGCAGCAGCAGCAGCAGCAACAGCAGCAGAAGCAGCAGCAGCAGCGUCCCCGGCCUCCUCGUCGGGGGCACGCUGCUGCCGCAGCAAGCAGCAAAAGGCAACAGCGGAGUGCAGCAGCCGCCGCUGCACCUCCCCACAUUCCCGAGUGACCUUAAGGUAGCUGCGCUGCAGCAGGGAAAGCUGGCCUAUGAGCAGCAGCAGCAGCAGCAGCAGCAGCAGCAGCAGCAGCAGUGUGGCCGCCACGGGGCGCAUGCGCGGCAGCAGCAAAGUCUGCUGCCCGGCGCGCGGCUGUCGCGGCAGCAGCAGCACGACGGCUGCGCCGACUACCACCAGCACAGCCAGCAGCAGCAGCAGCAGCAGCAGCAGCAGCAGCAGCAGCAGCACUUGUCUUGUGAAGAGGAAAGUGAGGGGGCCCUCCCCCACGUCUACACCGCCUAUGCGGAGCAUUUGCUGCUCGAGAUUCUGUGUGAAGGUUCCCAGGCAGCAAAACGCGAAGUUGCUGCUGACCAGCAGCAGCAGCAGCAGCAGCAGCAGCAGCAGCAGCAGCAGACGUCUUGCGGGGAGAGCGGCGCAGCCCGCGCUGCGGCGGCGGGCUCAGCUUCGGGUUCCUCCGCAGCGACCUCCCCGCAGUCAGCAGCAGCAGCAGCAGCUGCUGCUGCUGCUGCUGGGCACAGCGACGGGGACACCGAAGGCAAGAGCAGCAGCAGCAGCAGCAGCAGCAGACGGAGGUGCGGGGUGCACACGCGGGCGCUCACGCGAGCGCUCACGGAGUGCCCGGGGCAGGGCUGUGCUGCUGCCAGCGAGACGCAGCAGCUGCUGCAGCAGCAGCUAGUGCUUGGCAGCUUAGCAGCAGCAGGAGCUGAGGCUCUUUGGUGCUGCUCCAACAGAGACCCCUUUCAGCAGCGCCACGGGGCAGCUUACGGGGGCAGCAGGGACGCAGCAGCAGCAGCAAAGCGCCGCAACAUGCUGACUCGCCAGAUGCGCAGACUCACCUCAGCAGCAGCAGCAGCAGCAGCAGCAGCAGCAGCAGCAGAAGCGCAGCACUCAUAG